AUGGAGGUAGCAGACCGAAGUUCUAGCAACGACCUUUCGAGCGCUCCUAGCAGUGGCGACGAAGGUUCAAAUCUUUUGCAGUCGACAUCGGCACAUCCAAAUACUAUCGUCGUCGCUCAAAGCACUUCUACUACAUCGUUGCCAUCAAGUGUUGCGAUUGCCAAAAGUGAUCGGGUCGCUGCCCGCUCUCCAGCCACUCGCCAAGAUGGUGCACCUCCAAAGCCAAGUAAAGCCCGCAAGAAGAAAGUCGACCCUAAUGCUCCACCAGCAUCUGAGAAGGAGAAAAGCGUUCCUAAACCACGUAAAGCUCCUGCUACCGGUGCUCGUGCCAGUAAGAAACAGAAGACAGAAGACACUCCACCAGUCUCAACUAUUUCGCAACAAACGGCACAAUCUGCACACCUCAGUACAUCGCGUCUGGUUCAACCGUUAUCUUUCGCGUCCGAUACAAGGCCUACAUUCUUGAAUGAGGAUGCCAAGACUACCCAAAAUGGGUUUUCGAACCAAACUUCCGCGAUGCACUCGCAACCUCAAUCACCAAGUUCAACACGCUAUCAGACAACACCGCAGCCACAACCUGCAGCUCCGCGAUUACGUAAUAUUUUUGAUCCUGUCAGAGGCAUAGAACGCUCCUCAGAAUCCAUACAAACCGUGACUUAUCCUUCGCUUUCUGCAACGCCGCCGCGACAGACCUUUAGACCUAGCGCGUCACCCGCUAUUUCAAGUAUCAUCAACCAUCCAGAAAGCGAUGGACACGUUCCUUCAUCCGCAGUGUCCAUGCCGAAGCCUCAAGUCAGGCAGACCUUUGAGGCAGAACCUACAUCUAAUGGCACAAACUCGUACAAGCACAACGAUGUUGGUGCAUUUUCCGCUGAUAUAGUUCCAAGUCGGGCCUCGCCACCUGAGAAGCCUGUAGUUGAUUCCGAGAACAAACCCAAGCGGUCAAAGGAACAACCUCCACCUAUGCCUGUAGGUUCUGGUCUUCUAAGCUCUUCCUUCUUUGGGGGUGAUUCGAUGGUCGAGAAAUCAGAUAAGGUUGAGAAGGGCAUUAAUAUUGUCCUGCAGAUCGAUCUGAAGAAGGACGAGAACAAGAUUUUCAACUUCGCACGUCUAGCUGAAGAGAAAUACGGCUUUGCCGCAGUAUAUCCAAGGCAGGCGGCUCAGAAGGAGAAACUCGCCAGAGUUGCAGCCGCAGGAGCUGCUCUUGAGCGAGCGGGCUCCGGCAACAAAAGAGGCGAGGUUUCAGUCGCCGAAAGUGGGGAAGAAGAUCUCAGCGUCGAUAUUGAUUCCGAGAAUGAUGGAGACAUCCACAUGACUGGAAUGAAUGGCACUAAUGAGAAUAGCGGCACUGAUGGCCCAGCACCGAAGCAGCGACGCAAGCGCAAAGACGACUAUGAUAUGGAGGAUCCUUUCGUAGACGAUAGCGAGGCUCUGUGGGAAGCACAAGCUGCUGCCAGUCGCGAUGGAUUCUUCGUCUAUAUGGGUUCCCUCGUGACAGAGGAGAAGCCACCAGCAGACAAAGUCGAAGGUACUUCCAAGAGGGGAGGUAGGGGUCGAGGCAGAGGUGGCGGAGUAGGUUCCAGAGGUGGUCGUGGUGGCGCUGCAUCUGGCGCUGGUAGUGAGGGCACCACCAAAGGUGCAGGGCCUGCCUCGCGAGGAGGUGGUACUACCCGAAAGCCACGAAUCACGAAGGCGGAGAGACAGCAACGGGAGCUGGAAAAGAAGCACAGAGAGCAAGCUGAAUCAGCCCUGUCGACUAAGCCACCAGUCGCCGCGGUAUAG